AUGGCGGAGGUGGCGCCGCAGCUGACGCCGGAGGAAGAGAAGCAAACCAUCAGGGAUAUUUCUGUUGCCGCCGAAGCCCAGAUUAAAGUCGGCGAUACAUUCUAUCUAAUCAACCAGCGAUGGUGGCAUGAUUGGCUCGGGUAUGUAAAUCAAAGCCAAACCAGCAAUGUGAAUGAUGGAUCUUCUUCUGAGCAUCAUGAUUCUGUCAGCUCAACUGUGUUGAAGAGGCCGUCUUACAUUGAUAAUUCUGACUUAAUUGAUGAAUCAGUAUCUGAGGACUCUGCCGUGGGUACUGAACUUCAUGAUACCUUAGUUGAAGGCACUGAUUAUAUACUGCUGCCACAAGACGUCUGGAAUCAGUUAUAUUCAUGGUAUGGAGGUGGUCCUACGCUCGCUCGAAAUGUAAUCAACACCGGGCUUUCACAGACAGAAAUGUCAGUAGAAGUAUAUCCUCUACGACUCCAGUUGCAUUUGAUGCCCAAAGGGGAUCAUACUUCGAUACGAAUUAGCAAAAAGGAAAAAGUUGGUGAACUUCACCGAAGAGCUUGUGAAAUUUUUGAUCUUACACCUAAACAAGUGUCGAUUUGGGAUUACUUUAGUCACCAAAAGCAUGCACUGAUGAACGACAUGGAAAAGACACUUGAUGAUGCAAAUAUCCAAAUGGAUCAGGAUAUCUUGGUAGAGGUUAAUGACGGUAAAACAGGGGCUGUUUUGAGCUCCAAUCACGAGAACGGAUCUGCUCAAAAUGGGAGCCUAGGGACUGCACCUUCACAGGCAAAUCUCCAAACUUCUGGAGGUUUGUCUGCAAGCAAGUAUUCAUCCAGAAAUGGUAACUCAGAAGUCCAGUUGCAGAACUUAAAUGCGGAGAGGGCUACAAGGGGGUCUUCUUGUGGUCUCACUGGACUGUUGAAUCUUGGGAACACUUGUUUUAUGAACAGUGCAAUACAGUGCCUCGUCCAUACACCAGAAUUUGCUCAGUAUUUUCGUGAAGAUUACCAUCCAGAAAUAAAUAAACAGAAUCCUCUGGGGAUGGUGGGUGAGCUUGCUUUGGCAUUUGGCGAUUUACUCAGAAAAUUGUGGGCACCAGGGCGAGCUCCAGUUGCCCCUAGGCCAUUUAAAAAUAAGCUGGCUCGCUUUGCACCACAGUUCAGUGGAUGCAGUCAACAUGAUUCACAGGAACUCCUUGCUUUUCUGUUAGAUGGACUUCACGAAGAUCUUAAUCGUGUCAAACACAAGCCAUAUAUAAAGUCACGAGAUGCAGAUGGCCGACCUGAUGAAGAAGUUGCGGAUGAAUACUGGGCAAAUCAUAUUGCCCGUAAUGAUUCAAUCAUUGUGGAUGUAUGCCAAGGUCAAUAUAAGUCAACUCUUGUUUGUCCUGCAUGUAACAAAGUUUCUGUUACGUUCGACCCGUUCAUGUAUCUGUCCUUGCCACUUCAACCAGCUACCUCUCGUAGUAUGACUGUAACUGUUUUUACUUGCAAUGGAAGUGCUCUGCCUUCGGCUUACACAGUAACUGUACCGAAGCAGGGGCGUUGUAGGGAUUUGUCUCAAGCGCUCAGUAAUGCUUGUUCUUUGCAACUCAAUGAGAAGCUUCUGCUUGCAGAGAUCAGAGGUCACUUGAUUUACCGAUUCCUGGAGGAUCCAUUGAUAUCACUAUCAUCCAUAAAAGAUGAUGACCACCUCACGGCAUACAAGAUCCCUAAAGUUCAGAAGAAAACAAAGUUCCUCCAGUUAAUACACCGACGUGAAGAACAACACGGUGCUGGAAAUUCUCAAAGCACUGUCGGGUGGAAGCCCUAUGGAACCCCUCUCGUCUCGCCAGUAUCCUGUGACGAAACCAUCACCAGAAGUGACAUCCAACGGAUAGUUCACACUAUGCUCUCCCCAAUGCUAAGAACCAAAAACCCUGGACCAGUAACUGCUAGCAAGGCAUCAUCAGCUCAAUCUCACGCCGAUCCCAAAGCUUCUGGUCCAAGAAAAGGUGAUGUUGGGGCCUCCAAGCUUCCACUUCAGUUGGUAGAUGAAAAUAACGCUUGCAUUGAUCUAACUGUUGGUGGAGAUAUGGUGGUCAAGCUGUCCUCGUCCUCCAUGUCGAUUCUUGUGUUUGUUGACUGGUCCCAGAAGCUUCUGGCAAAUUACGAUACUACCCACAUUGAGAAUCUGGCAGAAGUUUGGAAGGCCGUGCAUGUGAGCAAGAAAGCUCGCACUGAACCUCUUUCACUGUACACUUGCCUUGAAGCUUUUCUACGUGAAGAGCCAUUGGUCCCUGAGGACAUGUGGUACUGCCCUCAAUGCAAGGAGAGGCGCCAAGCAAGCAAGAAGCUGGAUCUUUGGAGGCUCCCCGAAGUUCUUGUUAUCCACUUGAAAAGAUUCUCUUACAGUAGGUCCAUGAAGCAUAAGCUCGACACGUUUGUGAAUUUUCCCAUUCACGACUUUGAUUUGACGAAUUAUGUUGCAAACAAGAACAAUACCCAGCGCCAGAUCUAUGAACUCUAUGCCUUGACAAAUCACUAUGGUGGCAUGGGAAGUGGGCAUUACACAGCACAUAUUAAGCUUUUGGAUGAGAACAGAUGGUACACUUUUGACGAUAGCCAUAUCUCACCAAUCAACGAGGAUGAAGUUAAAUCUGCUGCUGCUUACGUUCUGUUCUAUAAACGGGUGCAUAAAGAUAGAUCGUCUGCAAGUAAUGGAGUUCACCCUACAAUUGGAGGCCAAAACAUCUCGACUACUAGCUAG